AUGGCUGGCGUUCGGGGAAUGGCUUUUACGGCGGAUGGGCCACCCUCCUCGGCGAACAAAGAGAAGGGCGGCUUCUGCUGGCACGACGCGGGCGAGGCGGGGUCGACGGAUUUCUUUGAUCAGUAUGUCGAGCUCGGCGACUCCGACGCGGAAUCUGCCUCUGGAGGGGGUGGCGGCUUCGGCCACUUCGGCGCUUCUGGCCUGUCCGACUCGCCACACCUGUCGUUUGGCCAGAUGCUCCCCCCCAGCGGUGGGGGGACCCAGGGACCUGGGGCUCAGGGACAUAUGAUGGCAGUUAAUAACAACGACGGGGGAAGCAAUAGCAACGCGGCCAGCUCGAGCUCAACAGCAAGAGACUACCGGCCACGGCAGCAGUUACACCCGCUCCAUCGAGCCUCGACAAACAUGACGGCCUUCAGCAACCCGGAGAUCGAGGCCGACAGGAUGUCCUAUGGCAGCUUCGGCGAGGCGCCGGGCGGCGGCGGCUCCAUCUCAGACUCAGAGCUGUUGAAGCUCGAGGGCUUGAGGAUGGGGUCACCGCGCAUCCAAAUCCUCCAGUUCUCGGCGUCCGAGCCAGCGUCGCCUCCAUCCAAGGCGACCAGUCCCCACAAGGCCAGCCGUCUGGAAAACUUCUGCACCAAGAUCCGCAACAAGGCGGCGACGCUGCAAGGCGGCAUGCCCAACGAGGCGCAACGGUCUGUUUCCGGCAGGGAGGCUAGUUUUGUCAACGGCUUCCUUGAUGAUCCUUUCAACCACGAACUGCUCAACGGCCAGUUCAUACCCCCGCUACAGCUCAACGGCACCACCAUACCCCAGACGCCCAUGUCGACGCCUCUCAUGGACGGCUGGCAGCUUCCCAUGGCGGUCACGGACGGUAAAGCGCUGUGGACCGCGCCGGCCACGUAUUUUGGCAACGGAGACGCCAGCACUUGGUGGGAUCCGUCGGACGCCAUGGACACCGAUUCGCUCCCCAUGUCGUACCACGCUGCCAAUGCCCGCAACACCUCCCUCAACCUCACCAUCCAGCUGCAGCACCAGCAGAGCUUCGAGUACCCCGCGCCGCCGGGCACCGAAGACACCACCACCGCCACCUUCAACCCCAACGGCCUGAUGCUGCACAUGCCUCAGCCGCGGGGCAUCCCGUCCACGGUCCCGCAGAGUGACACCCAUCAUCGCCUGACCCGCGCCGACCACCACCGCCGGCCCAAACCGCGUGCUCCAUCCUCGGGCGCCCGCCACCACCAGUACGGCCCAGGCAUGUCCCCGCGUAAGGGACGCGCCGCUAGCGGGGGCGGCGGCGGAAGCGCCAGCGCAAACCGCAUCGCCUCGCUGUCUCCAUCGCCCAAGAUGCCCGCCGCAGCGGCAGCCGCGCCGGGGCCCAACGGCAACGGCCGCCUCCACCGGCGCAGUGCGUCCAUGCAGACGCUGGGCACGGCCGCCGGCGACCCGAGCACGGCAAUCCGCAAGCGCAAGAGCUGGACGGGGGCGGCGCACCUCGUUCCGUCCUCGUCGUCGCUGCACCACCAGUACCACACCCUCGCCGUGGCGGCGGCAGCAGCGUCUCCGGGCCGCCUCCCCCGCGCGCCGCCGUACAACUAA